AUGGAUAAAUAAUUAGUAGUAAAUUAAGAGUUUAACUAAGUUGAAGAAAGCAAAGAAGACAGCCAGCUAAUUCCUUAAUCUGCAUCUUAUGUGCAUGGACUUGAAAGUGGCUUUAAUGGCUCCAAACACAGAUAUUUGCAGAAUAGUUUUUAAAAAUGCUACUAUGUUUCUAUGAACAUGUCAUUAUGGAAUAUCUAAAAAAAGAAUUCUCUUUUACGUAAUUUAUGUACAAAUUUUUUUAGGCCAUCAAGAGCAGCCGAAGAAAGCUUAAAAGGAUGUUUAAAAAUUUAAGAAGAUGAAUUGAAAGUUAACAAACCUGAUAUAAUUUUAGGUAGUAGUUGGGGAGGAGGAAUUGGAUUAUUAAUGGUAUCUGAAGGUAUUUGGGACGGUCCUAUAGUUCUAUGUUGCCCAGCUUUAAAAUACCUUCUUGAUAAAGUAGGGUAAACACCUAAAUAUAAAUGGAAUGAAAUCGUAGAUAGAAUAAAUUAGAAAAAUUUAGGUAAGAACAUUGUAAUUAUACAUGGCACGAAAGACAAAACAAUCCCAUAUUAAAAUAGCGUAGACUGCUCUAAAUAGAUAAAAGAUUGCUAAUUAAUUACUAUAGAAAACGGUGACCACAAGUUAAAUGAUUAUAUAAUAAAAAAUGAUAGAUUAAAAGGAAUAAUGUAUGAUUUAUAUAAAAAAUACAAGCUCGAGUAGCUAAAUAAAUGA